CAUACAUGGUGGGUGCAACCCCACUGCUGACAGUUUUCAACCCAAUUUUUUGUGUUUUGACCCGAAUCCGUAGCCAUAUGAACUGCAUGUUGCACUCAUUGGAUUUAGGGUGCAGCGUUUAAGAUGGGAAUGAAAAUUCGGAAGCGUUUCCUGCCCCGUUGCGUUCAGGACGGCGUCGCGACGCUCUUCAUGAUUGGCAUCAUUCCAGUCACGUUCUGGUUUGAGGUGUCCGUGGUGAUUCCGGGAAUCCACGGAACGAAUUCGGGCUGGAACUGGAUCCACCUGGUGCCGGCGUUGUUUUUGCUGUACAACAUCAGCACGAACAUGUUGGCCACGAUUUUGUGCGACACGAGCUGUGGGACGGAAGUGAUUUCCGUCCCGCCAGAUGUGGCCGUCGCAUCGGGACAGGGUUCCCGUUCGUGGCAUCUGUGUUCAACGUGCGAGGCGGUGGCUCCGCCCCGCUCUUGGCACUGUAAUGCGUGCAGGACGUGCGUACUUAAAAGAGACCACCACUGUGUGUUCACGGGAUGCUGCAUUGGGCACAAGAACCACCGCUACUUCAUCAUGUUUGUCUUUCACCUGUUUGUGGCCACACUGUACUCAAGUGCCCUCAACAACUACUUUAUCUGGUACAUUCACGGAGAGGAGUUCCGCAAUUGGACGUCCUUUAUCAAGAUGGUAUUUCCGCUGGCCAUGCUCGUAAUCGACGCCUCCACCAAGCAAUACUAUCUUGUCAUCUAUCUUAUCAACAUGAUUGGAAUGCUGUUCACUGGAGUGCUACUCAUCUACCACGGCAGGCUGAUCCUCUCCGGUAGUGUGGUCCACGAACAAAACGGACGAGACUUUGACCUUGGCCGGAUGGAAAAUCUACGAAUGGUUCUGGGCGAGCGGUGGCAUCUGGCGUGGCUGUCGCCAUUUGUUCGAAGCGAUCUGCCUCAUAACGGAGUCGAUUGGGACCGGGUACAGCGAGAGGCGGCCAAAAGUAAAUGAAGUACAGGUGCCAUUAUUCACAUUUUCAGCGGUUUUUAUACUUAAAAUAAAACUGUUUCAUCAUAUACUUAGACUUUAGUUUCUGAACAAUAGUUUAAACGAUUUUGCAUAAUAAUCUAGUCAAUAAAAGCAUUUUAGUAGUUUAAAAGGGA